AUGAUAGCUGCAGCUCAGAGUGUAAGAGAACAUGUGUUAGUAAUUGAAGAAAUGGGUAAUCUCUUCACCAUGCCGAAAUGGGUCCACAACUACAAUGUCGAAGCCAAAGUGGAAGUUGACGAAGUCAAAGUGGAGGUUGAGGAAGCCAAAGUGGAGGUUGACGAAGCUAAAGUGGAGUCACCACUAUGUCUCCCUCUCUCCUUGUCUCCCACAGAACUGUUCCGUAGUGCUUGUGGGGCGGGCCGUGGUGACGUCAUCAAGCUGUACACGUGGGAGGGCUCGCUGGUGAACGUGGGGGCUGACCUCCCACCCAACACCCCUGACACCCCCUACCGCCUCCACGUCGCCGCCACGCCAUGCAACGGAAAUAAACUGAAUCGACUCGGCGUUGAUCUAAUGGACUUGGAGCAGAGGUUGUGUGAGGUGGAGAGAAGUGUUGCCAGCCUGCGCGCUGACCUGCCUCCAGUGGUGGACGACCUGCGCCGAGCUGUAGACUCCUUCAAGAUGAGACUGGAGACGACUGAGCACCUGUCCUGGCUAGGGUUCUACAAGGAAGGUAUCGGGGAACCACUGGGCAGACUCGGCAACAGUCACCCCUACUGGAAGCACGUACAGUACCGCAGGAAGGUGGAAGAGGAGGUAUCUACCGUGUUUACCAAGUUCAGGGAGAUCUGUGACGCUGUGGUGGAGGAAGAGACGCGGGUACUCCUUCGCCUCCCCUCCUUCAACAACUGGGCCUGGGAGGAUUGGGAGAUACUACUGCUUCUGCAACACAUGUACAAUGACUUAGGGCUGACGACUACGUUUGGCAUCGAGACAGAGGUGCUGAGGAGCUUCCUGUGUCGGGUGUAUCACUGCUAUAAUCAAGUCCCCUUCCAUAACUUCCAGCACGCCUUCUGUGUCACGCAAAUGAUGUACGGGAUGAUCUGUAAGUGUGAGCUGCAGCGACGUCUUGGAGACUUGGAUGUCCUCAUACUGUUGACCUCAUGCAUCUGUCAUGACCUGGAUCACCCUGGCUUUAACAACAUCUACCAGAUCAAUGCCAAGACUGAACUGGCUCUCAGGUACAAUGAUAUCUCCCCCCUGGAAAACCAUCACUGUUCUGUUGCUUUUACGGUGUUGGAGAGGAACGAAUGUAACAUAUUUAGGAAUGUGCCUGCUGAAGACUACAAGAAAAUAAGAGAGGGGAUGAUACGGUGCAUCUUGGCAACCGACAUGGCCCGUCACAAUGAGAUCCUCUCCGACUUCCGCGAGGCCAUCCCAGCUAAAAUUAACUGUAUGUUGUCCAUGAUCCUGAUAAAGGUAGCAGACAUCAGCAAUGAAGCACGACCACUGGAUAUUGCUGAACCGUGGCUGGAGUGCCUCAUGCAGGAGUUCUUCAACCAGAGCGACCUUGAGAAGCUGGAGGGACUGCCAGUGUCACCUUUCAUGGACCGGGAGAAAGUGACAAAGCCUUCCUCCCAGUGCUCCUUCAUCGGUUUUGUUCUCUUGCCGCUUUUUGAAGCCCUCGGAAAAGUCAUGCCUGAAUUAGAUGAGUUGAUCAUCCAGCCUGUGAAGUAUGCACUGGAUCAUUAUCGACGACUGAAUGAAGCAUCAAAAAAGGCUUCUGAAGAGAUGGAGAUUGUUCAGGCGGCAGAAGAAGAACAACAACCAGAGAGACCGAGCAGCCAGAUAUCUCAAGACAAUGGUAAACGAACCGUACAGAAGACAGAGAGCUCUUAUAGCUUGGGAAGCCGAGCAUCGUCACGAGCUUCAUUUUAUCGUUCCAAUACAGUUGAAUGUGGAGAUAUUGAAAUAGAUGAUGAUGAUAUGACAGAGACUGAAGUUGAUGUGAGUGAAAGAACAUCCAAAUUCAAGAUUUCUACUGAUGUACACAAGUCACCUUCAAGGAGGAAUAGUUCUGAGCGUCGCAGUAGUGUGGGUGGAAGGUCAAGUUGCGAGAGGACUAUCUCACCCAAAUCCCUUGAAGAUCGUCUCCUUCCUCAUGCAGAGGCCAGGGUUGAACCAGAAGAUAUUGAUGAAUCUCUACCCGAGAAGUAUGAAAAGGAAUCCUCUCUGUUUUCUCGUCUUAAAAUGUUUUCUCUCUCCUCAGGUGAUAGGGAUAAAAAUGUCAAUGGCUCAACUCCUUUUGGGAAAGGGAGCACAAGACAUAAACAAGGGGGUCUUCAGGGCGUGCUCAAACGAACUAGAAGUAAAUCGGAACCAGUCAAAGAUCGACCUCACAGAACGUUUCAUAUAACUAGGCCUAGAAUUAGUUUUGGGAUAAAUACCCAAAAGCCACAAAGUGAAGAAAAUAUGUUGAGUGGCCAUGAGAAAGAGAUUCCGAAAGAAAAAUGUAAAGAGUUUGCUUAUGAUGAAAUUCAUUCUGCUGGUGAAAUCAAAACAUCUACCUCCUUUGAGCUUUUAGAACCAAAGAAAAAACAGUGUGUGUUAUCAGAUGCUCAACCUUCACCAACACUCUCAGAAAAGUGUACAAUAUCCUCAAACUCAAUUCUUAGGAAUAAAGGGUUUAGCCUUUCUCUGGAUGUGCUUCCCCGAAAAAAUGGUCGUUCUCGUAGGUCUGGUGGUACUGAAACAAAUACACCUGGGGAUACUCCAGGUGGUUCAGAAGAUGACCUUCUAGUAGAGACCAAAACACCACAGGUAGAUGGAGCUACUAGACACAAUCAACCUCAUUCAAUGCUCAACCAAACCAAAGGCUUCAGACCAACUGAUAAGUUGCCUCUUGUUUACCAUGAUUCCCCAAAGAACUUGAAGAAAAAGCCAGAGUCUGCCAGAUCUUUAUUAUUACUGAAGUCAUUCUCAUUUAGAAAGAAAUCUCCAACUAAAGAUGAUGGGAUAAAGCACAAAGAUGGUGACUCCCAUAGCCCUACUGUGGAGAAAUUAUGACAUGCGGGAAUAUGUUCAUGCAUUUGAACAGUUUUAAGGAAUGCACUUGGAGCCACUGUGAACAUGUAACCAGAACAUAUCAAGUUGUGUAAUAGCUGAGUGAGUCUUCCACAGUGGAAUGUUGUGUAGCAUUGGUACCCUAUUCUGAAGCUUUAGGUAAAGACAAAAGCAGUUAGGUCAGAAAUGAUUGGUUUCAGUGGUUUCUACAAGCCUAUAGUGCAGAUUUUUAUUUAUACUAUUCCCAUGGUGGUAGAGGAAACAGAAACAGCUGAAAGCCAAUGAGACCUCAGGAACAAUGACUGUAUUCAGAAAACGCAUUCAAGACUCAUGAAUUCACUAUUGGUAGUUGUUAGUUAGUACUUAUUGGAUGUACCUGUCGAAUUUGUCUUCUGAGUACAGUCUGAAGCCUUUCUUGUUCUACAGUAUAUAAGUAGUUAUGCUCCCAGGAUUGAUCAUCCAAUUUGUAAACCUUUGGCAAGUGUUCUGGUAUCCUAUGGGAUAUAGUUUUACUUUUAUACACAUUGGAUUCUAUUUUCCCUACAUAUCAAUUACCUCAAAGAAAUAGGCCCCAUACUGGUAUCCUGGAGAUGCCUAUGGCUGUGGUGGGCACUUGGGCACCCAGCGGUACAACUUGACUGUCUCACUGGAAGGUCACCCAGAGGUACAACAUGACUAUCUCACUGGAGGGUCAUCCAGAGGUACAACUUGACUGUCUCACUGGAGGGUCAUCCAGAGGUACAACUUGACUGUCUCACUGGGGAUUGUGUGCCAUAACAAGUAGGUAUGAUAAAUGCCAUGUAAUGUUUGUGCCAAAAGUUUCAUAACUACCUAUUAAAUAUCAGUAUUUUUCCAAACUUUGGAUACCU